CAUCAAACGGUAACACCACCACCGAUCUCUUCCUCCUGGCCAUUUGGUUAGCCAAGACUGCAGACAAAGCCAUAGUCUGGACAGCCAAUGGCAACAGCCCAGCACCUGCUGGUUCCACACUCAGCCUCAGCUCCAAUGGCCAGCUCUUACUAACAGGCCCUGAUGGAGAUACCAUCUUCUCCUCCUCCGCCUCGGGCGGCUCCCACGCAGCCAUGCUCGACACUGGAAACUUAGUCCUUGUCGAUGCCAACUCCAGCGACCUCAUUUGGCAGAGCUUUAAUUUCCCUACUGACACAAUCCUCCCCACACAAGUCCUCAGCCUUAUUAAUGCUUUUAUUAACACUCAGCUACAGUCCAAACUCACCAGCACCAACUACUCUAGCGGCCGGUUCAUCUUCAGCCUAAAAGGCGGAGAUGUCUCACUACGGCAACUCGCCAGCCCCAUCAACGCCAAUCAAUCCUAUGAUUCAUACUGGUCUACAUCCACCUCCGGCUCUGGAUCUAAACUCAUCUUCGACCCCCUAGGCAUCGUCUACUUGGAGCUAAUUAAUAAUACAAGGAUAAACAUAACUUCAGCAGGUGUGGGAUCAAAUACGGCUGCUGAUUUCUAUCAACGUGCAACUUUGGACUUCGAUGGAGUCUUCAGACAUUAUGUUUACCACAAGGGCAGCAAUGGCAGCUGGGCACAGGGAUGGACCUCACAAGGUCAUGUUCCAGAUGAUAUAUGCCGGGCAAUUACUAAUGAUGUCGGAAGUGGAGCUUGCGGUUUCAAUAGCUACUGUCAAUUGGAUGGGGAUCAAAGAGCAGUGUGCCAGUGCCCAUCCAAAUACUCCUUUAUAGACAGCAACAAUGAGUACAGAGGUUGCAUGCCGGACUUUGUGGCGCAGAGGUGUGAUGUUGAUGACUCUGCACGGUUUCAGCUCGUGGAGAUGGUGAACACUGACUGGCCAUUAUCAGACUAUGAGCAUUACACUCCGAUUGUUGAAGACCAGUGCAGAGACUAUUGUUUAAGUGAUUGCUUCUGUGCAGUGGCAAUCUUCAGAAAUGGAGAAUGUUGGAAGAAGAAACUGCCUCUCUCCAAUGGAAAGAUCGGCGGGUAUGUUGGAGGAAAGGCUCUCAUCAAAGUAACAAAGGAUAAUGCUUCUUCUUACGAGCCCGGGACAAUCACAACCAUUGUAGUCAAGAAGAAUGACCGAAAAGGUCUGAUAAUUGCUGGCUCUUCGCUCCUCGGAGGUUCAGUAUUCAUUAACAUUCUGUUCGUGGUGGCCAUAUUGUUUAUGAUCUUCUGCUAUCCUUGUAAACGAAAGCGCCCUCAUCAUCAAGAUGUCUCCAAUGUUUCGGAGCACGGUCUUCGUUGUUUUACUUACCAAGAGCUCCGAGAGGCCACAAAUGGCUUUAGUGAGGAACUGGGCAGUGGAGCAUUCAGCACGGUUUACAAGGGGGCUUUCUUGAAAGGGAAGGACAGUAUUUGCAUUGCGGUCAAGAAGUUAAACAAGGUGUGCCAAGAUGUUAAUAAAGAAUUCUUGGCAGAAGUCAGAUCAAUUGGACAGACGCACCACAAGAAUCUGGUCAGGUUGUUGGGAUACUGCAAUGAAGAGGAGAACAGGCUUCUAGUCUACCAGUUUCUGAGCAAUGGUUCAUUGACGAGUUUCCUCUUCGGAGAGAUGAAGCUGGAAUGGAACAGGCGAGUGAACAUUAUCUUGGGCGUGGCAAGAGGGCUCCUUUACUUGCAUGAAGAGUGCAUCACACCUAUCAUACAUUGUGACAUAAAGAGUCAAAACAUACUCUUGGAUGACAACCUGGUGGCGAAGAUCUCAGAUUUUGGAAUGGCAAAGCUACUGGGAGCUAAUCAGACACGAACAAACACGGGCAUUAGAGGGACUAGAGGUUUUGUUGCGCCGGAGUGGUUCAAGAGCAUGCCAAUUACGGUGAAGGUUGAUGUGUAUAGCUUUGGAGUGAUGUUGCUAGAGACCAUCUGCUGCAGGAAACACUUGGAGGAGAGUGAGAACGAGGAAGCAGUGGUGCUGGUUUACUGGGCGUAUGAUUGCUACAGAGAGGGGAGAUUGGAUAUCUUGGUUGGAAGUGAGAGAGAAGCGUUGCUUGACAUGAGAAGGGUGGAAAGAUUUGUGAUGGUGGCCAUUUGGUGCAUCCAGGAAGACCCAUCACUCAGGCCUACAAUGCCAAAGGUGGUACUGAUGCUUGAAGGCUCUGUUUCUGUUCCUGUGCCCCCUGAUCCUUCUUCCCUACAUGAGCUCAAUCCAAGAAGAAAGAUUUCUCCCUAGUUAAUGUAUGGACUCUAGAGAAGAUCCAGACUUGUAGGAUAUGAACCAAGUUAUGUUCUAGUGGUCUUGAUCUGUGUGUGAUCCUGUAAAGGUAUUGUACAUCAACUUGUGUUUUUCUUGAGAAAUAAGAUGGACAUGGCACUUUAUUAGAAGAUUUUGGUAUUAGCCAUUUGCAUCAUGCUAUCACACACCAGUGAGUGUUUGUUCUCUAUUAGUAAAUGCAUGAACUCCGGAGAAAAUCUAGGGUUGUAAGGCAUGAAUUAGUUUGCAAUGUACUUGACCUCACCGCAAGAUUCAAGACAAAAUAUGCGUAUGAUACACCACAAAGAUUUUCAACUUUGUCUAUGAAGCAAAAAAGAAUUCAUGGGUUGUGCUUUUCUUGAGAAGUAAUAUAACACAGCACU